AUGACUUUGUCAGCCAAUUUAUGGGAUACACCAGGUGUUAAUGAAUCCAAAUUGGCUGCUCGUUUACGGGCAUACAGUGAUUGUUCUCAUUCCUGUCCUACGCCUUACACAUACAACAAAAUCUGUUAUAAUAUAGGACCCAAUAAAAGUGUUAGCCACGCUAAAAGUUAUUGCGCUUUUUCGGGCGGUGAGCUCUACAGGUUCGACGACAUUGAAAUGAAUAAGGAUAUAUUUAUAGUAGGCAAGGAUAACUUAUGGGUAGACUUUGAAAAAUAUUACGAAAAAGAUUCCGCUGUCCUUAAAGACUCGAACGGAAAGUUUGUGACGCGUGGUUUUCCCAAUAAUAUAUCCAAUGAUUUCUCCUAUUACGGGAGAACAAUGAAAUGGAUCGAUGGAAUGACCGUAGAUCCCUUAAAGAAAUGUGUCGUCAUAAUAGGAGAAACGCUUUACAGUUCCCGAUGUGAUUUUGGUCAUGCCUUCUGCCUCAAAUCAAUAUGCAAUAUAAAGCUGGGAGACGCCUGUAAAUCCGACAAAGAAUGCCUAUCAAAUAAUUGUUCGAAUAGUACGUGUCAAUGCGGAGUUAAUUUGGAAUCUGUUAAUGGCUUAUGUGUAUGGAAUAUCGCUUGCCAAAAUGAUGUUCAAUGUUUGAAUAUGAUAGAUAAUAGUCAAUGUUAUAAGAAAAAAUGCAGAUGUGUUAGUCCUUACAUUAUGAUCAAUGGAGGUUGCAUCAAAAAAAGAUCUAUCGGAGAUAGAUGUUAUAAUCAUAGUGAAUGCGAAUUCAGACAAUGCCAAUCAAGAUGUAAAUGUCCUACCGGAACCUUUCUAGAUAAUAAUGUGUGCUCUGAAGGAAGGCGUUUCAACGAAUCGUGUUCAAACAGUGAACAAUGCGAGGCGUUCAACGCGCGUAGUACUUGCGAUCCGUUAAAAGGUGUAUGUAAAUGCAAAAAUCGCCACACCACUUUCAUGAGAUACGGAUGCGGGCUAGCAAAAAAACAUUUUAAAUGUCUGGCAGCUGUUACCAUGUAUCACAAAGAUUGGCAGAUGUUCGUUAAUUUAACCGAUUACGAAAAGAUGCUGAUGACAAGGGAUCUAGAAGAUAAGAUCCACGCCCGAUUGAAACGAGAAUUCCAUAUUUUUAGAGAUCUCCUCAUGAUAUUUAACAACCUAAAUUCUUCCGAUUACAAGAGGCCCCAUUUUUUGAUGUACCUAUACCUUGCACGUGUAGAUGACCAUCUGGCUAACGUGAAGCGAGGUUUAAACGUCAUUUUGCCGGUCGAGUUUCACUCCGCUCCUUACCAAUAUUGGGACACCCCGUUAAGCUUGACUAUAGAAGAGGUCGAAGUAAAUCCCAUCAAAGAUAUGUGCAUGGAUGAUUACCACGAUGCCGGCUACAUAUUAAUGUUAUGCGCAGCGUUUAUGGCUAUCAUAUUUUUACCGAUACUUUACCUGUGGUACUUAAAAAAAAAACGAUUACGGGAAGGCCGUAACCCCUGGAAACAAGCUUAUUUCAACCAAAAAAUAAUAAUUCCUUACACGGUUCAAGAAUUGCGGGUCACCCUAACGCAACUCAAUAUAUUAGAUAAUCGAAAUCCCAAAUCCGGGCUUAUCGUAUAUGAAGAACGGGACAUCACUAAAAUGUUCGAGCAAUUUCUCAAACUUUACCUCAAAUACUAUUACGAAAUCUACUACGACUUCGAUUACAGAUACGAAUACGAUAUAGACUUCGACUAUUGGGCACGAUUUUCUAGGGUUAACGAGCACGUGUGGCCUAAGGUCGAUUACAGCGCUGAGGUCUUUGAGGUUCCCAGGAAAAUUUCCUCCGAAAAACUCAAGAAGAAGGAUGAGGCACGGAGAAAGGGCAGCAAAUACAUGAAUAUGGGUGACGAUUACGAGUUGAAGGGUUCGUUAAAUUCCGAUUUUUCGCUUUGAUAGUUAUUAAUAAGCCACGUUAUUGUCACGUGUUUUUUUA